GAAAGUUCCGUGGGUGAGUUCUGUUCCGGGGGCCCAAGCACAGAAGAGGAAGGACAAGCGGGAAGGGAUGUGAAACUUGGCCUGGCCACAGCUGCAGCACCCCCGCUGGGCUUCCCACCCGGCUCCCCAGGCCGAGGACGGGAGCAUCCAGUUGGAGUGGACACCGGACGCAGGGACAUCAUGUCUCCCGGGGGAUGGCUGGUUGUCUGCAUGCUGGCUGUAUCCCUGGCCUCUACGGUGACCGAGGAUGUGUGUCGAGCACCCAAUGGGAAAGAUGGGGUUGCAGGAAAACCAGGACGACCCGGGAGGUCUGGCCUCAAGGGGGAGCGGGGAGAGCCAGGAGCCCCUGGCAUCCGGACAGGCAUCCGAGGCCCUAAAGGAGACCAGGGGGAGCCCGGGCCUCCUGGGAGACCAGGCAAUGUGGGCUACCCAGGGCCCAGCGGCCUCCCAGGGCUACCAGGUCCCUCAGGACCAAGGGGCACGAAGGGCAGUCCAGGCAACAUCAGGGACCAGCCGCGGCCAGCCUUCUCGGCCAUUAGACGGAACCCCCCGCGGAGCACCAGCAAUGUGGUGCUCUUCGACGAGGUCAUCACCAACCAGGAAGGGCCCUACAAUAAUAACACGGGCCAGUUCCUCUGCACCGUGCCCGGCUUCUACUACUUCACCUUCCAAAUGGUCUCCACGGGCGACACCUGCCUGACCAUCGUGUCCUCCUCCCACGGCCAGCGCCGCCAGUCCCCGGGCUUCUGCGACACCAGUAACAAAGGCCUCUUCCAGAUAUCAGGGGGCACCUCGCUCCAGCUGCAGCAGGGCGACAAGGUUUGGAUAGAGAAGGAUCCCUUUAAGGGAAACAUCUACCAGGGCACUGAAGUCGACAGUAUCUUCAGCGGCUUCCUCAUUUUCCCGUCUGUCUGAGCUGGGGGUUGCCUCCUGCCACUGCUGCCACUGCUCCUGCCACCGCGCUGGCCUCCCCACUCCCCACCUGGGGCCCCAGCUCACUCCCCCUUCCUGGGAUCCUCUGCUCUACAAAAUGGGGGGCUACUGCUCUAGCCACCUGAGUCCGGGAUCUGGCUCCCAUGUCUCUGGGACCGGGCACCAGGGCGCCCUCCGAGCACAUCCUUACAGCCCUCCCUGGAAUAAACGCCCACGUCUCUAU